AUGAUAAACAUUAGCGACUUGCCCGACGAUUUAUUGCUGAAGAUUUGGUCGUUGCUUCCGGCAAAAGAUGCUGUGGCAACGAGUGUUUUGUCAAAACGAUGGCUCUUUCUUUGGAAACAGCAAGGUGUUGAGUGCGUAGAGCUUUGUUUGGAAUGCGCUAUGCUCUGGGCAGAUUUAAUACUACACUAUUCCCCUACGCCUAUUCGAGGAACACGGCCGACCAUUCCUUGUACGCGAAUUAUCACCAACUUAGCUGAUCUCUACAGAGAUCCCCCACCUCCACCCCUACCCCCGCCCCCGCCCCCGAAAAGGCCUCUUGUUAGUUUGAUGUAUCGUCUCAAAGCUAAAGCCUGUAUGGAGUGCAGGAAAAGAACAAACGCAGAUAAGAGGUUGACGAUGUUCAUCUUUCAGGGAGGGAGGGAAUCGCCGACGCACGUAUUUACGUGGACCAAGUUGGAAGAAAAACAUCAGAUGGAGAUUGCGUUCACUAUCAGAGGGAGGACUACGAAAACGUAUUGCCUCUCACUGAAUGAUCGUUUUGUGAUUUAA